UGGUUAUUAGAUGCUGCUCCAGCCAGCCAGAGAAUCCCCCGCCGCCCCGCCCUCUCCUCCCUGUGCCGCAAGCAGCAGGCGCACCUCGCAAACGGAGGGCACCCUUACUCCCUGCAGAUGGGCGAUAAAAAACCAAUCGGUGCCUAUGUCAUUCCCAAUAUGCGCUGGCUAAUGUCGGGGCAGCAUGAGUAUGAGCAAUUUUUUAUUUUAUUUUUUUUGCCCGUGAUGCCGCCCCCCACCACGAUGCCGCCCCCGGGCAACCGCCCGUGUUGCCCGUAUCAAAAACCGCUACUGUGGGGCACUGAGUCAUAGGCUUUCUUGUAGUCAAUCCAGGUUUUGCACAGGUUUGUCAUUCUGGUGUUACAGUCUCGAAUGACUGCUCUAUCUACCAGCUGCUGGUGUUUCAGUCCUCUGGUAUUCUUGCCAGUCCCUUUCUGUGGCCCGCUCAUGUACUGAGCCAUCUGCCUGUUCGUCUUAGCCACUAUGAUGCCUGACAGGAGCUUCCAUGUAGUAUGUAGUACUGAGCAGGUUAUUGGCUUGUAGUUGGAUGGGACCAGUCCCUUCUGGUGAUCCUUGGGGACUGUCUGGCCUUCAGUUAGCCAGCCACUCAGGGAGUGCAGCUUCUUUAGCAAGUCUGCAUGAAUCAUGACAAGGCUUGAUGCUCUCCGAUUCUUCAUGUUGGAUAGCCUUUCCUGGUUGCCUCCCACAGUGAUGGUUACUUGUCACAGGUAUGGGCAGCUUGCUGUAUUUCUAAGCCAUCCCUUUUUUCAUCAUGCUCUUCUGCCGCUCAGAUAGUUGGCAAACUUCCCUCCUUGCUGCCUGGAUCUUGGUCUCUAGCCUCCUUCUACAUGAAGGGUACUGCUACUUUUGGCUGUUCAUCUUAUAGCUAAAAAUCUAAUUGAUCACUGCCACGUGACAUCCAGGUUUCCCCUCUCCACAAUCCUUGUUCUCUAUCUUACCAGUAGCUGUGAUAGCAGUUGCUUCUUCCAGAUGUUGGAACGCAGAACUACUGGUUACUUCGUUGUUGGUCUAAAUGUUGGCCGUUCCAUAUGUCCUAUAUCCUUUUCAUAUAACCCUUUCCACUGGUUUUACUUGCAUAGUAGCAUUCCCAAAAUCUCCCUAUUCUCAUUUCUUGUUCAAAUAAAGUCUAUUAGUGUCUGAUAAAUAUUCAAAAUCAGUAGUUUAUAUAUCAGCCCUUCUUCACAAUUGGUAUUACCAUACAUAGUCAGAGAAUAGCAUUGGGUUUCAAUUGUGCAUUAACUGAUGUUUGUAUGAUUAACUGCUUGCUCAGUAAAAAGUAAGUCAAUAAUUUUAAGAAGAGAUUAAUGUUUAGCUUAAAGGCAAUGAAGUGAAGAUGCUGCUGAGUUUACAGAUUAAUGUAGGCAGACCAGGAACUGAGACCUCUGCCAUUUUCUGCAGAUAACCAGCAGAAAAUGGUUGGAUGGAUAAAUGGUCACUUCUUUAUGUUUAGGUUGUAUUUGAGUGUAAAACUGGUCUCUCUGGUGUCUGCAUUUGUGUGUUGGAGUCCAGCUUAUGCAUGCUGGGGCAAACUUUCUUUCUCUUUGUGUGUCCUUCCAGCUUUCCAGCAUGUUUUUGCUGUGGUGGUGGAGGUGAAUGAAGGUGCAGUUUCUGUCUUGCUGCCUUGCCAGUACACAGGUGUCAUGCCUGAGGACCCCAUGUUGAUGUGGACUCGCAAUGAUAUUGAUCCAAAAUUUGUCCAUGUGCAAGAAGAAGAAGGUCCAAGUCUUGAAGAGCAAAACCAGCGUUACAGUGGACGUACAUCAGUGAGGCCUGAUGGUCUGGAAAUGAAAGACUUCAGCCUCACUCUGACGAAACCAAAACUGACUGAUAGUGGCAACUACACCUGCGCCAUCGGUAAUGGAAGAAAUGAACGAAAACUGACCGACGUACAGCUGCAUGUCAAAGACCAGCAGGUGGAGGUGAAGGUGGAGGAAGGGUCAGAGUCUGUUCUCCUGCCCUGCAAAACAAAACCUGACCUGCCUGAGAAUGCAGCAGUGGAGUGGACUCGCUCUGACCGUGAACUCAUGAUGGUUCAUGUGUAUCCAAACAGAAGUGACCACCUUAAGAACCAGGACAACCUUUACUGUGGUCGCACAAAGAUGAACGAAGACCUGCUGAGAACUGGAGACCUCAGUCUGACCCUGAAAUACCCCACAGAGAGAGACAGUGGAGGAUACAUCUGCACCAUCUACAGGGACAAAGACAUCCUGAGACAGAAAGUAGUGCUGCAGGUCAAAGAACAAUUUCCAGCUUGGGCAGCAGCUGUUCUGGUCCUCCUGGUUCUCCUUCUUCUCCUGAUUCUUGUUGUUGUUUCUGGAGGUCUUUUAUUUUAUUUCCGGCACUAUUUCAUGCCAGAUUACAAGGUGGAGGUGGAUUCAGGGAUGGAGUCUGUCCUGCUGCCCUGCAAAACCACAGUUCGCCUGACUGAAGACACCAAAGUUGAGUGGACAAAUAUUAGUGGGAAGGUCCACGUGUACCACAACGGCUCAGACCGGCCUGAAGAACAGAACAGUUGUUAUCGAGACCGCACGAAAAUGAAGAAAAAUCUGCUGAAACCUGGAGACCUCAGUCUGACCCUGAAACACCCCACAGACAAAGACUCAAACACCUACACCUGCACCGUCUACAGCAGGGAGGGAAACAUCCUGAUGAGGAAACAAGUGGUGCUCCAUGUCAGAGUCCUGCACGUGGAGGUCGAAUCAUGGAUGGAGUCUGUCCAGCUGCCCUGCAAAACUACAGCUCAUCUGCCUGAAAAUUGUAAAGUGGAGUGGAUGGAUGGUGAUGAAGAUGAAGUCCACGUGUAUCAUAACGGCUCUGACCAACCUGAACAACAGAACAAGGUUUACAGAGAUCGAACAAAGAUGAAUGAAGACCUGCUGAAAACUGGAGACCUCAGUCUGACCCUGAAACACCCCACAGAUGAAGACAGAGGCAUCUACACCUGCACCGUCUACAGCAGGGAGGGAAACAUCCUGCUGAAGAAACAAGUGGAGCUGAAAGUCAGAGUCUGUCAGGUGGAGGUGGAAUCAGGGGUGGAGUCUGUCCAGUUACUUUGCAAAACCACACUUCAUAUGCCUGAAGAUGCUAAAGUGGAGUGGAUGGACAGUGAUACAGAUAAGGUCCACGUGUAUGAGAACGGCUCUGACCAGCCUGAAGAACAGCACCAGGUUUACAGAGACCGAACGAAGAUGAAUGAAGACCUGCUGAAAACUGGAGACCUCAGUCUGACACUGAAACACCCCACAGGCUGUGACACAAACACCUACACCUGCACCGUCUACAGCAGGGAGGGAAACAUCCUGCUGAAGAAACAAGUGGAGCUGAAAUUUAGAGUCUGUCAGGUGGAGGUGAAGGAGGGGGCGGAGUCUGUCCAGCUGCCCUUCAAAACCACACAAAACCUGCCUGAAGAUGCUGAGGUGGAGUGGAAGAAUGGGUUUUACAGGAAGGUCCACAUAUAUCGGAACGGCUCUGACCAGCCUGAAGAACAGAGCCAAGUUUACAGAGACCGAACGAAGAUGAAUGAAGACCUGCUGAAAACUGGAGACCUCAGUCUGACCCUGAAACACCCCACAGAGAGAGACAGUGGAGGAUACAGCUGUGUGGUCAGAAGGAAGGGAAACAUCCACAGAGGCAAAACUGUGCUGCUGAAAAUCAAAGGGAGAGUUCAGGUCCAGGAUCAAACAGGGGACAUCAGGAACAGAAGCAGCUCCAUUGAUCCGACUCCUCUGAUGGCUGAUCAAUCAGUUUGAUCUGUGU